GCAAAAGCGCUUCUUGAUAGAAAAAACAUAUCAUAUGAAGAAAUAAUUGUAGACAAUUACACUAGAGAACAACGAUCAGAAUUGCAAGCCAAAGCUAACGGGCAACAUACAGUACCACAAAUAUUCAUAAAUGGUAAGCAUAUUGGUGGAUGUGAUGAUCUUUAUAAACUUGAAGAACAAGUGGAUGCUGACUUAAAGCCAGUUCUAAAUGUUUAG